GCUGGGAGGCUGCUGUGCCCCGGGGCCGUGGGUAUGGCCCCUUCCCCUGGCGAGCUGCGACAGGGGAGCAGCUUUUGGGGGGGGCUUGGGGCACCUGCACUCGGAGCUGCGCCGGUGGGAGAGUCUUACCUAAAAUGCUGCUGUCAGCUGUCCAGAAACACAGCAAGGUGAACUGCACAAGGCUGAAUUUAGGUGGCAUUCACCUCCUGAAGAUAACCGAAUGUGCGAUCCCUGCCGCUCGUCCCCAGCCCGGUGCCAUGGCUGACACGAUUUUUGGCAGCGGGACAGGCCAGUGGGUGUGCCCCAAUGACCGGCAGCUGGCACUGCGAGCCAAGCUCCAGACUGGCUGGUCGGUGCACACGUUCCAGACUGAGAAGCAGAGGAAGAUGCAGGCUCUGAGCCCACAGGAACUUGAGGUCAUUCUGGAAGUCAUCCGCAAGGCGGAGAAAUUGGACAUCAUCGAGCAGCAGCGCAUUGGGCGCCUGGUGGAGCGGCUGGAGAACAUGAGAAAGAACGUGAUGGGCAACGGCCUCUCCCAGUGUCUGCUCUGCGGUGAGCUGCUCGGGCUGCUGGGCAGCACGUCGGUCUUUUGUCAGGAUUGCAAAAAGAAAGUUUGUACCAAGUGUGGAAUAGAAGCCUUUGGAACCCAGAAACAUCCUCUUUGGUUGUGCAAGAUCUGCAGUGAACAGAGAGAGGUUUGGAAGAGGUCUGGUGCCUGGUUCUACAAAGGGCUGCCCAAGUACAUCAUGCCUUUGAAGAGCAGCAGCAAGCCCAAUGAGCUGUCCUCGCAGCCUUGGCAAAGCGAGCCAGCCGUGCCAGAGGCAGAGAGCGUCAGGACCAGCCGAUCCUUCACCUGGGCCAAGGGAAAAGUGGUUUCUAGCGACAGCGAGAGUGACUCGGAGUUCAGUUCCUCCAGCCUGGAUGACAAGCCUUUACCUGUGGGUUCAAAAGGCUCUCAAGGCAGGAAGCACCAAGCAGGACUGGCACCCAUCAGGGAACCCAGCCAGGCCAUGGGCAGGGCGCUGGGGAGCACCCACCCCCCUGCCCUCUCCGGGAGAUGCGGCGAGCAGGGGGCUGCCCUCAGCGCCACGGAGAGCUGCCAGGGCGACCAGCCGGCGGAUGGGCGCGACAGUGAUGUUGGCAGCAGAGUCCCUGGCAAACGGUGCGUCCACACCAGAACACGUUGCUGAUGAAGAUGAAGAUGGAGCCGCUUUGCUUGGAUCCAGCGGUCACCCCUUGCCCACUCCUGUAGACCUCACUCCAGACAGCAACUGUGGCCGGCGGUGGCUUUAUGGUGCCAGCUCUCGCACAGGCUUUAGCAACAUGCUGGGACCUGGGGAAACGCCUGCCUGUCCUCCCUGCCUCACUGGUUUGGUUUGGUCUGGUUUCAGCUUCUGCUGACUGUCACGCACUUCAGGGUGCUGCUCGGAGAGGAGCGCGGUGCUGCCGUGGGGUCCAGACCUGUGCUUGUUGAAAGCGGCACACAAAGUGCUCACUGGAGCUGCAGACAUGCGUGCCGCCUCCGCUGUUCCUGGCUUGCCAAGCCCAGCUCUGGGUUCAGCUCCUGGCUUUGCAGUCUUCAGGAGAAAGGGCAAUUCACCCUUACAUCCCUGAAGUGGGUUGCGAGGAGCCCAGGGGUGAAUUUCCCUCUGUGAAGCACGAGGGUGAGACGGGGGCUCUGAUUUGCACUUGACUCUCAUGGGCCCAGGGCGUCACCCCGUGCGUUUCUUGUCAUCGUUGUUCUGGUGUGAGUUGGUAUGAGUUGGGUGGGGGCAUCCUGAAUCAGCUGGUGAAGUUGUGCUCCCGUUCACUUCCACUGAGGUCUCUCUCUGUGAUAGGUCUGUCCGCUCAGGGAGACACUUCAGUCAGUAAAGAAACACUCAAAGUUUGCUGCGCAUUUUUUGGUUCUGGCUGUGCAGUGGCCUGUGUGUCCUGUGGUGAGGGCCAUCCUUUGGCGGUGGGGUCAUGGGCAGCGUCUGUGUGCUGCAGCUCCUGGUGAGGGGACACCCACCACCCCACGGCCCAGCUGGCUGCCUUUGUGUACCCAAAUUGGAUAAAAGCUUUCAAAUUACUUUAUCUUGUUAAGCUCCGCAGAUUCUUCUCCCGCGCGCGCACCUUGUCAUCUCUUGCAUGAGCAGGGGCCUUUGUUUUCUUUUCCUGCAAGUCUCGAGCAUCUGGCUGACUGUGAUGGUGUCAUUAUGAGUCAGGUUGCAGAAGGCUGUGUGCCCCAGUCCUGCUUAUUCUCUGAUAUGGCCAAUUUCCCUCCAAGGCCUGACAGAUGAGAAUAAUCAAAUUACCUGACAUCUCUAGAGCAAUUAGACCACUGAAGGGUUUAACAAAACCCAUACUAGGCAAGUGGAGUCUGUGGAUUUUUAUUAAAUGCUUUGAUUCUGACCCCUCUUUUGCUGAAGAAACAAAGAAUUCCGAAAAGUUCCCCCUGAAAUCAUGGAUUUAAAGGCAAUUUGUGCCUGUUAAUGUCAACCUUUUGCCUUGGUUAUUACUCGUUCGCUUCUCCUUUGCUGCUGGGCGCUUUGUGCGCGUGCAGUAUAUGCUCUUACAAAUGGCUGCAGUAUGAAGAUAAACGAGAUUGGGUGCUGGAACACUCGUAACAGGAGAUCAGAAAUCAAUCCUUGACUUUCUUUCUAAAUGAACAUGGUCCAACAGAGCGUUCCCUUACUGCUUUUCCAGCUAACGCGCUAUGGCAAGUUGCUGGAAAAAUCCUUCCAGCUCCCCCUCCAUGAUGUGUUUCUGCCCUUCUAAAAAUGAAAACAAAACCUUUGGAUGAUGUGGGCUCUUGGAGAUGGCAUAAAGAGAAACCACUGAACGUGGGCUUCACAACAUUGGUGUUGAAGAGAGCAAGGGAUGAGGUUGUUCUCCACUGAGCGAUGCUUCAUGUGUUGGUCUGUGUCAUUUAAACCUGGCCACUGAGACUCAACCAGGUGCAUCGCUGAAAGGGGCGAUGCCAAAAUUAUUCACUGUUUCUGAAAAAGUAAAUCCAAAAGUCAGCUUUUGCUGAAAUGCUGGUAUGAUUUCAGACUGAAGGUAUGCUCUUUCUUCUGAGAGCUGUAGGGUCUUCAAUUUUAGAAGUGUUUUGCCACCAAAAAAGUCUUGUCUUGCCUUGGAGCAUUUGACAGUCCUACUGAGGCUGUCUUGCUCAUGCUGUCAUUACUGCAGUGCCUCAGCCAGCCUGGCCUGCCAGCCUAAGUUAAUUCUGUACAAGGAGAUAGAAAAAAAACCUCUUAAAAAUUGACUCAGUUUUCUUUAAACCUGUUACUUUCUCAUCAAAAAUUCUAUAUGAAUUGGAAAUAUUUUUAAAAAUUGAAUGUCUUGUCUUUCUUGUGCUUCAUUCCUGGGCUGUGCAGGCAGGUCAGUCAUGUUCUCACCCCCACCCUUGCUUUUUAGGGCUGUUUACCACUGUGGGUUGCCGGCUCUGCACAGGAACCUGGUAGUGCUUGCUAGCUUACUAUGCCACUUUGAGGCAUGAGUUUCAUUUUUAACUGAGACUAGGUUUUAUACAACAAUUUCAGAGAUAAAUUUGGGACUGCUUUUGUACCGAUGAGACUGGAAACCUUUCUUUCUUACCUCUAUAUUUUACCUCCAUGGAGUAAUUCCACCUGAGUUCGAACCAGAACCAUUCAGUCAUCUAUGGAAAGACUCCUCUUGAGCCGAGGGAAAGGUCUAGCCCAGGAGAAUGGGAUCUCCCACAUAGGAAUAUGGUAGAGGAACAUCCACAGCUCUGUGCACAUAUUUUCUACUAAAGAACACUCUUCUCUUAGUUGCAUCUCUCUUGGUUGUGUUUUGUAGCUUUGGCUGGAAUAUUAUCCAAAACCUGUACCAGUUGACUGCCUUUUUUGUUGGCUCAAGGUGGGCAAGAAGGGCUCAGUGAAUAGAGCUCAGUCUGCUCUGGUUGUUUGUGUUUCUUUUAUUAUUUUGUUGUUCUCAUCCCCAUCCUUCACAAUUUUUAUGUUGUUAUGUUUAUGUUGUUUAUGUUUACUACUGGAAACAAUAAAGCUUUGGCUCAGUAACAA